CUGUGCACAUUCUCAAAGAUCACAUGGCCUUGAACACCUGACAUGGACAGGGUUUGGCCUAGGAUAAGGCAUUUAACAUAGUCACAUAAGUGUAGUUACAUAGCCCUAUUUUGAAGGGAUGAAAAUGUGAGUGAAAUUGUAUAAGAGUUGAUAAGUGUCGUCGAAUUCAUAAGGGAGUAAAGCAGGGAUAGGUACUUUGUGAUAGGUAAUUGUGUUCGUCUAGCACCCAACCUAAAUGCUCGUAUAAUACCGGAUUCGGAAGGACCCUGAACAUCUAACCCGAGAGUUGGAUAUCGAAUAUCGAUGACAUAAUAUCUAUUACGCGGAAAGAAAAGAGGGAGGCCUUAAAAGCUCCAAUACCCUUGCUCCAAGAUAGUCCCACUAUUGGAUCCGAUAUCUUGGAAGAGAAGGUGAUACAACAUAAACCUAACAUUAGAGCUUGCAACUUUUGCAAGAUCAAGGCUCCAUUCUACAAGUUCCCAUUGCAACCCUGACUGCACAAAUUAUACACCGAAUACACCAAAACCUGGCUUUCAAUUCGUCUACGGAGAUGGAUCCAGUUCCGGCUCUGGACGUCUUCAUACUCACGUUCAAUGCUGCGAAGCACCAGAUUAACAUCCCCGUCUUUGCUCGACACUUAUACAAUGCAUUCGCGCGGAACACUUCGAGUCUUCCGGAGUUGGUCGUCAUCUCCCUCCAGGAGAUGGCACCACUGGCUCAGGCCUUAAUUGGCUCCUACAUGCUCAAUCCUUAUUUCCAACGAUACGAGUCGGCCGUAAAUAUUGCAGCUGCCAAAUUCGCCGACGGGGUAGAGCGUCAAAAUCUGUCAAAAGACCAUCCGUAUACGUUGGUGACUGCGCGCAAUGUUGGUAUGACAGGCAUUCUUCUCUUCGCCCGCGACCCAAACACGGUGAAGAAUCUACGGGCUACGGUUAUUGCCUUUGGUGCUGGCGACAUGCCUAACAAAGGAGCUGUGGGGCUUCGGAUGCAUUACAACAAAAGGAAUACGGAUGGUUGUUUAUUAGCAUCGACCGAACUCACCUUCGUUGGUGCUCACCUGGCUGCUAUGGAGUGGAAUCUCGAAAAGAGGAACAAGAAUUGGGAAACUAUUGUCUCCGGUCUCGUAUUUGAGAAUCCCAAGGAAAUUGCAGAAAGCCAGGCGAGGCAGUCCACUGUUCGGGAUGACGAUGACUCCGAAGCCCAGCAAGCUCUACUUCCGCAGGACACAAUCGAAAAGUCUCUGCACGAUAUUUCUAUAUAUAAGCCCGGCGCCCACCUCUUUGUUGCUGGAGAUUUAAACUAUCGUAUAUCCAAGAGUUCACCAACUUCGGACUCGGUAUUUCCUGAUACUAGUCCCGAUACUGUGAAUUCUAAUCACUUCUCAUCUUUCCUGGCACGCGAUCAGCUUAUGGCAGAGAGAGAUGCUGGUCGCACACUACACGGAUUGAGCGAGGCAGAGAUCCUGUUCCCACCAACAUAUAAGCUAGUAGUGUCCCCAAAACCAAAGCCACACGUUGGGCUUGAUCGCAUCGGGGAUGGCGAAGAUGACAUAGAUGAAGUCGACUGGUCAUGGGCUCUUCAUCGAUGGCCCGGCUGGUGUGACCGCAUUCUAUACCAAGAGAUACCCUGGUGGGCUAGGGAGACCGUCGGCGAUAAGAGUAUGAAGAUCCUAGAUUAUAAUGCGCUCCCUCCAGUCAGAUCGAGCGACCAUAGAGCAGUAUUCUUGCGCGUAGAGAUCCCGAUGCUUGAGCACAACUGUCUUAUACCGCCCGAAUCUGCUCUGGAAUCGGAGUUAAGAACAAAGGGUGACAGCCCCCUACUUGUAGACCCUCGUAUCAAGCUCCCAUUCCCAAUCGACUUGCUGUCUUGGGAACGCCGAGCUUAUAUUCAGAAAUGGGAGCCAACUAUCGGCUGGUCGAUGCUGAUCUCUCAAUCAAAAGAGGGUCUCGUGGUCUUCGUUACUCUGCUCCUCGUCGGCCUUGGUACUUGGUGGUAUAGGUCUUGGUAGUCUUCGGCUUUGCUAUGCCUUACGAAACGGACGACUGGCUUUCUAGUAGGCUAGCUAGGAGUUAGUUGGCCGCUAAUAGGCUGGUCACGGGUUAGAAAGACACGAGAUGGCUGCAUGUUAACUGUUAUGCUUAAAUACGGUUAAGCUUCGUGGCCGAUUUGACCACGACUAUGGACCUAUGAAUGGUUCUAUGACAUCGAUGUUGUCUUUUGGUGGUUGUUUUCCCCUCUUGUGCCUACUUUAUAGUUAGGGUUACAAGAGGCUUCGGCACUAUUAUUUUCAGA